GAAUAUUAUAGCCGCGUGAUCUAAAGUAGUACGUCACUCUUGCAAUGUGUUCUAGUAAAUAAUUGUUUAACAUUCACUUUUGAGAACAGUCCCUCCAAGCAAUUUGAAUUACUUUCUCAAUAUUUCCUACGGCCUACGUUUUCCCACAGAAUUCCAAGUUAUUUCGCGGGAAACUAAAAAUUUCCAGACUGAAAAUUUUCACAUUACAUUAAGGAGAACGCUGAAAUUUCACCUAAAUUCUAAGUCAUGUAUAAUUUAUGUGAUAAAAAUCAACUCAAUCACUGUCGUUAGGCAACUUUGACGCUCACAAGGAGUCUCUAUACAUGAAAUAAUGUUUUUAGCACUGAGUGGUAUCAGCUGAUUCAGUAAUGAGUUCUGUGCUGAAGUUUCGGAUUUUUCUUGUUCAUUCGUUUAUAUACUUCAUGAAACGUACCACGACCGAUUUCAAGAAAACACUCAAAAUUCUCUCAUUAUGCUCACAAUUUUCACAUGUAGUCACUCUUCAUUAAUUUUCAAAAACUACCCAUGCAAGUCCUCGAACUUUCCAAACACCUGGCAUUCAAAAAUUUCACACUUAUCAAGUAACAGUUGUCUUUUGGUUGUCUUAAAGAAUCCUAGCUUUUGCUUGUAGUUUAUUGUCGGAAAAACAAUGAACGGAUAUUAUGAACCAAGGAAUUUCAUUGACGUAAUCAAGUAGUCUUGUUCCGAAAUACUUUUCAUAUCUAGCGUUUGAAUUAUGUACCUCUGUAAUCGGAAGGUCAACGUCAUGUUCUUGGGAAUGUGUUUUUAGUUGCUCUAAAAUGGAUAUACAAGUGCGUGUAGUAGUAGUACUAUUAGAACGUGACGUGCUAGAACAAUACUCAGGAUUGAAACAAAUAGCACUCCUACUGUAGUUUUCUUUCAGUGCUUCAUAAAAACACAUGGAAAAUUAUCUCUAGUUGCAUUUUAACUGUACUGUUUUUCCUACUACGUGCUACUUUCGUCCACUCAUAUCUAUCCAUUUAUGUUUUUAAUUAUGAUCUUCCUCCUUACUCUUUUUUCACAAUUUUGUCUCCAUAUUUGUAUGGCUUAAGUGUGCUUCAUUUUUAAAGUGUUAUCCACACUUUUUGUGGCGUGUUCUUUCUUUUGGUGCCAUGUGCCAGAUUUUAUGUGCGUCGUUAAUUAGAAACAAAUUGGAUUGCGAUUAAUUUAGUAAAUAUCCUAUAAAAGUUAAUAAGUUCUUUUUUGUUUUCAUGAAGACAAACGGUGAGCUCUGAGUAUCUAAGUGUUCGUCACUCCAGUGUUUUUCCAACGGAUCUCCAUGUGCACCAUUUUAAGUCAUACUAAUACGAACUAAGAUAACAGCCUUGUGUUUUUUACCUUUGCUCAGCAUCUUGUGGUAAAUCAGCUGUCCAAAUACAUCAGUAAACCGAUUUCUUUUCUACCUAUCUUUAUUUGAAACUCAGGCAACAAUUUAAGUCUCUUCUUUCUUAUGCUUACAUGGGUGAGUUCAAUUCGUUUUAUCACAAUCUUUGCAAUCAUAUUAUUUUACAGGGUGCAAACAGCCAUGGACAGCUGGGUACAGGAGAUGAUAAAGAUGCUUAUGAACCUAAAAUCAUUAAUUUCACUGAUCCGAUCGCCCUGAUCUCCGGAGGUGGUGGUCACUCUCUGAUUUCUGACGGUAAAUGAAAAACAAAGUAAUAUUAUGUACUAAGAAAACAAUAUAUUCAGCUGUGGUUUGAAUUCUGUUGGUCAGCUGGGUCGUUCAAAUGACUGCAACCACUUUAAAAUUAUUCCUUACUCUUUUGCAUCAACUGUUAAUAAAGUAUCGUGUGGCUGGGAUUUUUCUGUUGCAGUACUAAGUGAUGGAUCUGUUUUCUCAUGGGGCUCAAAUGAAUAUGGACAGUUGGGCAAAGAAAGUAUUAAUUCAAGCAUAAUUCCUGUUCGUGUUGAUAUAGAGCCUGUUCGAUCUAUAUCUGCAGGUCUAAGGCAUGUCGUUUCUGUGACAGUCUCCGGAAAACUGUAUGGUUGGGGUUCUAAUCGCCGAAAACAAUUAUUGUUUGAUAAAAUGAUGAUUAAAGCUGAGCAUUAUGACGAAUCGAAACAAAUAUGUUACCGUCCCACUCUGUUGAACUCUGUAUUUGGCUACACACACGAGUGGGUCGAUUGUGCCGCUGGUGCGCAUCAUUCAAUUGCGAAAACAAGAACUAAUAAACUGGCCCUUUUUGGAGAUACUAGAUUUUUUAAACUCAAAUCAGAAGUUCACGGUCUUUCUUCGAAUAUCGAAAGUGGACUUUCAUCUCCUAUCUGGUAUGAUGCCGAAGUAUUCGACAACAAUGAAAUAGAACAAGUGGUCUGUGGAUGGAGUCAUGUUCUCGUUAGAACUAGUGUUGGAGAAGUUUAUUCGUGGGGUCGAUCAGACUUUGGACAGCUUGGACGAACUGUUAACGUAUUAAGCAAGUUUAUAGGAAAAUCUAAUGAGAUUUUCCCGAACUUCGAUGUACAUCCUGGAAAAGUACAUUUUCAUUUGAAUACUGGUCAUGAAGUGACUAUAAAAUCUGUUGCUUGUGGUUCAGAGCACUCAUUGGCUAUAGAUUCAAAUGAACAGUUAUGGGUUUGGGGUUGGAAUGAGCAUGGUAUGUGCGGUGUUAUAACGAAAAUUGCAAGUCACAUAGAAAAACAUUGGACUGAAGAAGAAGUUAUUCCUUACAUCACACAACCAUAUCGAAUAAAUUUCCGAUGUUUUAAUCAAAAUUACAAAGUGAAACAUAUCGGUUGUGGAUACGGUCAUUCAAUGGCGUAUGUAGAAUUUGGUUCGCAAACGUUGUAGAAAUCAUAUUGGAUUUUUGUUUGUAAUAAAAUUUGAUGAGUUUUUCUCGUAUUCACAAUGAGUGUACUAACGCAUAUGAAAAGUAUGUGCCAACGGUUGAUAGCCUAGACAAUAUUCUCACCUAUAUGAAAUCUCGAUUAGUCAAGUCACUUGGAAGAUUAACCCAGUACCUUAUAUUAUUCUGUACUACCAAGGCUUAUGAGCUUAAUUCUUCGUGUGCAAGAUACGAGACUAUGACAUCAUAAAUGACAAGUAUCAUUAUCUACAUAACUAGGACUCGGGACAUAGAAAGAAGUAAAUCGUUUAUGGCCAUCUAGUUUGCUAUACCUUAUGGACUGUAAAAGAUAACGCAAAGGUUAUUGAGUUGAAUAAAAAUACAUGAUUAUGACAAUAUAGAAACGUAUUUAAUAGGAAUAACCUCGAAAGUCUUAUAUUUUCAAUCAUUUGCUGCAUCUUAAUAGAGUCGUAUUGUUUUGCUUGUGCUGGCAUCAAAAAUCGGUAAGCUGUAAAUUUUGGGAUAAGUAAAAAAUAAGUACUCCAAAAACCAUUAUUUUCGUCGCAACACCCUAAAGUUCCAAUUAUAUAUUUAAGCAUGAGGUAACGUAGCCGCUCACACUGCAUUUGUUUGAAAUUCAGACUGAGUCUAUAGUCAUUUGAAUAUGAAGACAUUGUUUUUUUAAUAGCCUGAAUCAUCUAGCUAGACGCUGUUGUAAGUUCUCGAUUUGAGGAUUAUUGUGGUGAAUGGGAAAAUAAAGGGUCAUACUGUCUUUACUUCCUGUACGAUUUACUUCAUCGUCCUGAAAAUAAAUCGUGAAGGGGUGUUGUGAAGCUUAUUUCGCAGACGUCGUGUAAAGUUCAGAAGGGCAUCUCGUCUAAGUAAAGUUCUGACAUGAGAUGGUGGUAAGUAUCAAUUCAUACGAG